UCUUCUCUAGCGACCCCUAGUGUUUAAAAUCUCGUCAAAGUCGGCACAAGAUAUACAUUAUCGGCACGUCCACCGAACACACAAAACACGUUUACGGAUGUUUCCCAGCGAAACAUAUAAACAGAGGAAGGAAAAAAAAGAAAAUUUCAUAUUUUUGGAUUGUAUUUUCGAGCGUGUUGAAUAUUUUUUCUCAUGAAUUAUGAAAGAUAAAUUACAAGUGAUUUUCAUUAUCUUCAUAUUGUUCCAGGGAUCAUAUGGGAAUCAACACAGACAUCACACAGAAGCCGAUUGUUCGAGAUGCCCACCUGGAUAUAGACUGAUUAAGCGAUGUAGCCAUGGACAGGAUACCGAAUGUGUACCAUGCGAACCUCAUACCUACUUACCACAUCACUCCUAUAAAUAUAAAUGUUAUCCGUGUUCAGAAUGUGGUAUGGGAUUAUACAAAGCCCACGAAUGUAACUCUAAGAGGGACACUAUUUGUGAUUCUUGUCACACAUUUAAGGGGCCGAAGAACUGGAACUAUUUUAUUAGAUGUGCCAAAUUUAAUGAAAACGAAACAGAAAUCCAACCCAGUUUGGCUCGACGGACCAUCCCGUCAACCAGGCAAAUCGGUCGACUGCAACACGUUGAUAAUACAGAAAACGAAAUGACCCACGCUAGCAACGCGUACUUAGCAAUGAUGCUAGUGGGUGUGGGUGCGUGCGCCCUUGCGUGCCUCAUCACAGGGAUCGUCGUAUACAGCUGGUACGGGAAGAAAAAAUGGAAGGAUGGCUCCGUUUACACUUACAAGAAUGUAAAUGUCGAAGAUCCACCAAAGGCACCUUAAAGGAUGAUGGCGUUGCAACACGGAGAGGGAGAGACGAGAGAGAGCAUUUUGUACCAUAGAUCUCCACUUUUCUAGUCACCCAAACCAGACUAGUCUGUGUUAGGAUAAACACUGUGCACCAGUACAAAAUAUAAUCAAACAAGACGAGUGUAUGUAUGUGUGUGUGUACACGUGUGUGGAUUCACAUUUACUUUAUCCAUUUCUGUAAAUAGCUGUAACGAAAAUAAAUACCUCUCGUAAAUAAA